AUGGAGAGUGGCGGCGGUGGUAGUGGAGCUCCUACUGGCUGUUACAAGUGUGGCCGCCCCGGCCAUUGGUCCCGGGACUGCCCUUCAAAUCCCGGCAACCCUAAGUCUACUUCUAAUCUUGCAAAUUCGGAUUCCAAUUCUAAUUCAACUACUUUCUCAAAUUACCCUACAUCCAUAUCGGCUCCCUUCAAGACCCCCGGUGGCGGUGCUCCGGCUGCGAAGCCCAGGAAAGCUCCUAGAUCCAGACCCAAACUCACGCCCGAGCUCCUCCUCUCCAACGAUGGCAUUGGUUACAUUCUUGCCCACUUCCCUCGCGCUUUCAAGUACCGCGGUCGCGGACACGAAGUUAGAGUCAGAAAUUUAGGAGGGAGUGGGACCAAACUAAAGUCAUCAAAAUAUUUCCGUGAAUAG